AUGCAGUCGCUGCCGUCGCGGUGGUUUGGGAAGAUAGACGAGAGCGGGGAGAUGUUCGACGAGUGGGAAAGCGCGGAGGGGGAGGAGGGGGAGGCGGGCGAGGCGGGGGAGGAGGGGGAGGAGGGGGAGGCGGAGCAGGGAGAGGGGAGCGGGGCGGUGGAUGGAAUGGAUUUCUAUAGAAGCAGUGAGGUGGAGAGGGAAGAGGAAGCGCAGAGAGAGGAGGUGCGGGAGGAGGAGGAAGGAGGGGAGGAGGACGAGGAGGAGGAGGAGGAGUUUGGAGAGGAGGAGGAGAUGAGUGAGGAGGAGGAGGGGGAGAGCGAGAGAGAGGAGGGGCAGCAAGUGUUGUUUUUCAAUGACACGGACAGCAGCGUGGAUGGCGGCGACCGCCAUAGCUAUGGGCAUGCGGAUGGGGAUAAUAUCAAGUGUGGGGGUGCGGAUGGGGGUGGUCGUGGGGGUGCGGAUGGUAAUGUGGGUGGUGGCCUUGCCCGGGGGAGUGGCGGGGGGAAGAGGCGCGAGAGGAGGCGCAGGGGCGGUGGCGGGAGAGGGGAGAGUGGGAGCAGGAGCAGCAUCGGGGGGGGCAUGGGGGGGAGUAUGGGGGGAAGCAUGGGGGGAAGCAGCGUCGGAGGAAGCUUCAGGGGAAGCAUUGUAGAGAGCAUUGGUGGGAGUUUGGGCGGAGGAAGUAGAGGGGGAAGCAUGGGCGGGAGUGGAAGCGCGGAGGAGGAGGAGGGCUCCUUAGACUACCCCCUGUCCCCUCGCUCCCUCUCCGGACGGUUCCUGGGUAUUGUGAUAGAGGAGGCUGCUGAGGGGGAGGGCGAGGGGGAGGGCGAGGGGGAGGAGAGGGAGGGGGAGGGGCAAGGGGAAGGCGAGGAGGAUGGAAGAGAAGAGGGUUACGUGGGCCGCAGCGGCCUGUUUCAGCUGCAGCAGAAGCAGCAGCAGGAGCAGCAGCAGGCACAGAAGCAGCAGCAGCAGGGGUUGUUGAGUCGGCCACGCACCGGUGGGUCGAUGAGCAGUGAGCGGCGCAGCUUCGACCGGUUCCAGGAGGAGAUGUUCCAGUCGCACCGCUCCCAAGGCUCGCUCUCCCACGCCUCGCUCUCCCAGCUCUCCGAGGCUACUCCCUCCGAACGGUCCGAUGGGGAGGCUGCUGCUGCCGCUGCUGCACGGCCGUGGGCUGAAGGGCCUUACUCCGGUGGUUCACAUGCGGAUAGAAUGGAGAUUUCGGAGGGAAUGGAGGGAAUGGAGGGAGAGGCGUUUUCACGGGAGGGGGAAGUGUUUGCCCGGGAGACAGAGGACAGGGCGAGGCUGCGGCGGCCUUGGGCAAGCAGUGAGGAGCACUAUAGCGGGGAUGGGAGGGACGGGGAUGGGAGGGACGGGGAUGGGAGGGGCGGGGAUGGGAGGGGCGGCGUACGACGCCAUAGCGAAGGGGGCAGGGGGACAGGUAGCGGGGGAGAGAGGGGGUGGAAGGAUGGACGAUCGAGUGAGGGUUGUGAGGCAGAGGCACUGCGGCUUGGAUGUGUGAAUCUUGGAGACGAGUAUCUGAGCCCAGGCGGAGACGGCGGGGGUGCCAGUCUUGAAGAUGAGUACUUGCCGCUCAAGAAAGGGCCGGGGUGGUCGCCACUUCAGCAGCAGACGCAUCAGCAUGAGCAUGAGCAUGAGCAGCGGCAGCGGCGGAGUGAGGGAGCUGAGAUGGUGGGAGACGCAGCAGAGGAGAUGCGUAGGCCGCGUGGGCAGAGCCUGGUGCUGGGACGAGAGGGUUUAGGGGAGCAGUGGGGCCGGGGAAGUGGAGAUGAGCAACGGGUGUACAGGCAGAGAGAUGACGGUAGAGGGGGAGGAGAGGAUGAAGGAGAGGUUGAGGAUGGGAGUGAAGGCGGAUCCCUUGCGGUGGCGGCAUAUGAGUCCACUAGCGGACGCUCCUUGCCGUCCGAUGCGCCGUGUGUGCCGCCCGAUAUGUCGUGUGACGCGGUGCAGAUUCCCAACGAGAUGCGCAUUGGGGAUGAGCUGGCCAUCCGCUUCACCCUCACCAACAACUCCCCCCUCCCGUACGUGCUACCUGCUCCUUCCCUUCUCUUCAUGCCUUGCUCCUUCCUGAUCUCUCCUGCUCCUGCUCCUUCCCUUCUCUUCAUGCCUUGCUCCUUCCUGAUCUCUCCUGCUCCUGCUCCUUCCCUUCUCUUCAUGCCUUGCUCCUUCCUGAUCUCUCCUGCUCCUGCUCCUUCCCUUCUCUUCAUGCCUUGCUCCUUCCUGAUCUCUCCUGCUCCUGCUCCUUCCCUUCUCUUCAUGCCUUGCUCCUUCCUGAUCUCUCCUGCUCCUGCUCCUUCCCUUCUCUUCAUGCCUUGCUCCUUCCUGAUCUCUCCUGCUCCUGCUCCUUCCCUUCUCUUCAUGCCUUGCUCCUUCCUGAUCUCUCCUGCUCCUGCUCCUUCCCUUCUCGUCAUGCCUUGCUCCUUCCUGAUCUCUCCUGCUCCUGCUCCUUCCCUUCUCGUCAUGCCUUGCUCCUUCCUGAUCUCUCCUGCUCCUGCUCCUUCCCUUCUCUUCAUGCCUUGCUCCUUCCUGAUCUCUCCUGCUCCUGCUCCUUCCCUUCUCGUCAUGCCUUGCUCCUUCCUGAUCUCUCCUGCUCCUGCUCCUUCCCUUCUCGUCAUGCCUUGCUCCUUCCUGAUCUCUCCUGCUCCUGCUCCUUCCCUUCUCGUCAUGCCUUGCUCCUUCCUGAUCUCUCCUGCUCCUGCUCCUUCCCUUCUCUUCAUGCCUUGCUCCUUCCAGCACCGCCCUCCCACUCUCUCUUCCUUCCAUCCCUCAUCUCCCUCCCACUCCCUCUCUUCCUCCCCUCCCCUCCCAGGCUGCAAGGCGGGGUGGAGGCUGCAAGGAGAGGUGGAGGUGGUGGCAGCAGUGGCGUGGGCGAGUGAGACUGACAGCGAGAGGGACAACGCCAGAGGGGCUCUCACAUCCGGCUCACUCAAGAGGGGAGGCGAGAGGUCCGCAGGCAGGAGGCAGCGGCGGGAGAAGCGCCUGCAAGGCGAGGUGGAGGUGGUGGCAGCAGUGGAGUGGGCAAGCGAGAGUGACAGCGAGAGGGACAGCGCGCGAGGGGCUCUCACGCCCGGCUCGCUCAAGCGGGGGGGCGAGAGGUCAGCAGGCAGGAGGCAGCGGCGGGAGAAGCGGGAGUUCCUGCCGCCCCUCGCCGCCCACGAGAGCGUGACCAUCGACGUCCAGCUGGCGCUUGACGAUUCGUCGCUGCCGGCGCCCUUCUCCCUCGCGUCCGUGUCGACCGAGCUCGUGGCAAAUGGACAGCGCUCUCACAAGCGGCGCAAGCAGGUGCGGCUGGUGCCAGGGUACAUGCCGACCACGGCUAGCGCAGGAAGCCCCACGGGGCAAUGGGUAAUGAGUGCCGCGGGGGGCGUGGGGCAGCAGCAGUGGGCGGAGGUGCUGUUGCUGACAGAUGAGCGCUUCACCUCAACGCAAUAUGGCGCGUGGCGCUCCAUCUGUUGCCUGCUCGGGCUGCAGCACGCGGUGUGGGACAUUCGGUUGCAGAAAGGUCUGCUCGCACCCGACGCCACAACACCCACCGCAGCAGCAGCAGCAGCAGCAGCAGCAGCAGCAGCAGCAGCAGCAGCAGCAGCAGCAGCAGCAGCAGCAGCAGCGGCGGCGGCAGCAACGGCGGCAACGGCAGCAGGAGGGAGGGCGAGCCCCAACGCGCCCAGCACAUCAAACCCCAAAUCGCCGCGUAUUUCUGCCACCAGUACCGGCACCGGCACUGGCGGCGACAACAACCCUCCCGGGUGGCUAUCCCGACACGCCCUCGUCGUCCUCCCCCACGCCCCCCCCACCUCCAAGCUCCCCCCCCUUCUGCUGCGCGUGCUGCCCCAGAUGGUCGCGACCAGGGGAGGCGUGUAUGGGGCCGAAACCGUGGGUGUGCUUAUAGGGGGGGUCUCUGCCGCCCAGCUGGCAAACCACAUGCUGGAGCUGGCACAGACUAGGAGUCCGAGAGGGGGCGGUGGGAGCGGCGGCGGCAGUGGGAAUGGUGUGGCGCUAGCUGCCACUGCACAGGCACAGAAGCUCAGGGCUGAUCUGCGAAGCGAGUUCCCCGAGUAUCGACACUUUGUGGAGAUCCAUCUGCCCUCGGACCAGCAGCAGCAGCAGCCGCAACCACAGACGCAGACCCAAAAGAAACAGCAGAAGCAGCAGAAGAAGCAUCAGAAGGAGCAGCAGGAGAAGCAGGGGGAAGGGGGCAGCAUGGCUCGAGUGCGCGUCGCCCGGGGCCAUUUGCCUUCCCUCUUCCGCAUGCACGCCCUCCCCCUCGCCGCUGACAUCACUCUGCCGCCCACUUCCGACACCCUCGCCGCCCCCCUGCCGAUCACUGCCCAGCCCAUCACCUCCCACUCCCUCCCCUCCUUUCCCUCCUCCUCCCCCCCUAGCCUCACCCAGCUUCCCCGCUUCUCCGUGUCUUCCGAGCCUCCGGAACUCAGCCUGGUUCGGCGGAGGUCCGGUGGGAGGCCCGGGGUGGGCGGGGAUUAUUUAAUGAAUGAGGAGGAAGAGGAGGAGGAGAUGGAGAAGGCGCUGACUGACGUGUCGGAUAGGCUGCGCCUGGGGAAGGGGGAUCUGGGGCGGCUGGGUGGACAGAGUGGGGAGGGUCAGUGGGCACAGCAGGAGCAUAUGCAGAUGCAGCAGCACAUGCAGCAGCAGCAACUGGCACCGCAACAACGGAAGCAGCAGAAGCAGCAGGCAGGUCUGCCCCCACUCUCUCCUCGCACCUCGCUAACCCUCCCACACCCACACUCGCACUCACAGCCAUGGCAGUCGCAACAGCACCAGCUGCAGCAGCUGCCAAUGGGGACACAGCAGGCGGGCUUUAACCAGGUGCAAUCCUCGGGCCCCCGGUUGUCCUCUGACUCCUCGUGUGCGUCAGGCCCUGUUUUCCAGCACUCGCAGCCUUGGCAGCAUGAACCAGAGCUGCUGCAGCAGCAUCAGCAGAUGCAGCAGCAGCAGUACCAGCAGCAGCAGAGGAUGCAACAGCAGCAGAUGCAGUCCCAGCAGCAGCAGCACAUGCAAUCCGCAGCUGCACCCGCCCAGGCCCACCCGUCCGCAUCCUCUGUGUGGAUACCAGGCAGCUAUGACGAGUCAGAGGCCUCGGACUCCCAGUACCAGCUCCGCACCACCAACUCUCUCCCGCACCAUCCCCGUGCCUGGCCUGCCGACCCUGGGCACUCUGGUUCGGGAGGCAGCAGCGGGGACAGCUUUUGGGGCAGCGGAGGCAGGGGACUCGAUGCUGCGGCUGCCGCUGACGCUGCCCCUGCUCCUGCUGCUGCUGUUGGUGGUGGUGGUUAUGGUGGUGAUGGCGGAAGGGGUGGUGGGGGCGGAGGGGGAGGGCAGGCGGGGCAGGCAAGAGGGCGGGUGAAGGGGAAGAAGGUGCUGAGUGGGCCGUUGCUGUCACGAGGCAGGAGGCACGGCAACAGACGUGCCUGGAUGGGCCGGGCCGGUGGCAUGGGCGGGGAUGCAGGGGGUGGGGGAGGGGGAGGAGGGGGGGGAGGGGGAGGAGGUGGGAGUGGGGGAGGGGGAGGUCAAGCAUGGGGCGAUGGGGGAAUGGAGGGAGAAGAGGGCUCUGGGUACGGUGGCGGUUCGGGUAUGGCCCCAGACACAGCUGGGGGGGUGGCAGGCAGCAUGAACAGGAACUUUCCCAUGAACAGUACUACCCCUGAGAUGAUGCAGAAGAUGAUGUCUAUGAGCCUCCCUGGCUCUCUGCUGCAGGCGUUCGGGCACGGUCGGUCGGACUCGGGUAAUGAACAGCCUGCCAUCGCUCGCACGCACACCGACUCGUCGAGACCUUCCCACCAGUCGCGGCACCACCACCACCCGGACCAGUACCAGCAGCAGAAGCAGCAGCAGCAAGCCCAACGGCAAUUGCAGCAGCAGCAUUCUCAGCAGCAGCAAUCUCAGCAGCAGCAGAGAUCGCCGCAGCAGCUAUCCAUUCAGGCCCCACCAGUUGUGAGCCCGAACCAGACAAGCAUGCUCGGAAGCAGCUUCGGCAAGGUCCCGAGGCUGAUUCCGCUGGGCGGCGAAGACUCGGUGUAUGGCGCGAGUGUGAUGGGGGUGCUGGCAGCGCUGCCAAUGCAGGUGAAGGUGGAUGUGGUGUUCAGAGUGGUGCAGUGGGGUUCCAGCCACUUUGACCUGCCUUCUUUUGAAGGUUUUGUGGGGACGAAACCCAAGCGCCUCCCUCUGCUGCUGCUGGUUUCCUUGGCUAUUUAUGAAGAUUUGGUUCUGGAUUGUCGCAGCGGGUGGCGGGACAUGCCGCACUGCGCCGCCCUGCUGCAGGUGAUAGAGAGGAGGGAGCGGGCGGCAGCGCCUGUCUGGGACUGGCCGCCCACUCAGCCAUGCGUGGAUGCUCUGAUGGCGCCUCUCAUGCUGCUGCACACCAAUCAGAUGCUGCCACGUGUCACCGGCUCCUCCUCUUCUUCCUCCCUUCUCUCCUCCACCUCGUCCUCCUCCUCCUCCUCCUCUACCUCAUCCACCACUCUCACACCCGAGCAGCAAACAGCAGUCUCACAGUACGUCGCACGGGCGGCAAAGCUGUUUGGCGCUGACGUGGCACCCGCUGAUGUGGCGAUGCCAGACGGGCGCCAGCUGGCGGGGAUCCGGCAGCAGCUGGAGGAGGCGCGGGCGGUGCUGCAGCCCCAUUGGUGGGAGGAGCACUGGGCGGCAGAGGAGGAGGUGGGGGUUGUGGUGGUGGAUGGGGAGGAGGACGAGGAGGAGGCGUGA